AUGCCAGGUGCCGGACAAGGUCUCCGAGUGAUUGCCAAAGAUAUCGGGCAGGGUAAGCCCGGCUGCCGGAACGUCCGAUCUGGUGGAGAAACUGUCAGCCUGGCUACAUCAUGCCGUGCAGCUAUCAGGACUGCAAAGGGUGUUGUCUCAGACAUAGGGGAGCGCGUGGCUAAGAAGUCACCAGGACUUCCGGAACUGGCCAAGUGCAGUGAGACACAUUCAGAGCGUGAUGUCCACAGAGUUAUCGCCAAGAAGUACAAGUUGACACUCCCCAUCCAGAUGACAGAGCUGCCAAAGGCCCCUGGCAUGAUGUACUCAGGCGCCAUCAAAGUGUUGAGCUUGAAAGCUUGGAUGCAAUUCAUUGUUGACUACAAUGUUUGGCACAUGCUCUGCGGGCUUUGGAAAGCAGAUGCGGCCCGUGAACGUGAUAUUCUGGUGGAAUUCUGGCGUCGCUACAGGGCGCUGAAACCUCACCAUGCCAUCUGGAACUUGGCAGACCAAAACAAAAUAGACCUGUCAAGAUGUUGUCCCUUGAUGUUGCACGGGGACGAAGGAAGAGGAAAGAAGAAAACGGGCUUCCUGGUCAUGUCCUUUUACUCCUACAUGGGGUACGGAACGAGGCAGGCCAACGAGGUGAGAACUCACCGGCCUUACCACCAGUUUCGUCUCAACUAUGGGGGCAACACUUACCUACACCGUUUGGUAACCAGUGUGCUGCCAAAGAUGCUCAAGGAUGAAUGCGCCUUGCGUUCAAUUUUGGACCAUGUGGCAAAUGAUGCUUGCGAUAUGCUGCUUCAAGGAGUCAAAGAUUCUCAGGGCAACGUCUACACUGCUUGUGUCCUACAGAUCGUGGGGGACUGGCAGUGGCUGGUGAAGGCGGGGCAGUUGUCCCGGUCUUACAGCAAUUGCCAGAAGCGGCCGUGGACAGCCAGUUCCAUCCCAAAAGGGAUAUGCCACAGAUGCCGGGCUGGACAGCGAGAUGUACCCUGGGAGUGCUACAAAGCAGACGGAUUCCCGUUGUGGUGGGCCACGCAGAAUGCAGAGGACCCUUUCUUUGGGAGCCCAGCUUUGAACCGCAUCCCCUACAUUCCAAAUGAAAGGGCCGCCUUCUACACAUUUGAUCUCUUUCAUUCCUUCCACUUGGGGGUUGCCAAGUCGCUGGCAGCAGGUUGCCUUGCAAUGGCAAGCGAGUACAUGUGGAGUGGUAACAUCGAUGGGCGUAUGGAACAGCUGUCAGGACUCUGGAUCACGUGGUGCGAGGAAAACAAAGAGUAUGCAUACCUCCAUACCAUAUCUCAAUCGAUUUUGGGGUGGCCUGACAAAGGCACGUACCCCAACGGACAGUGGUCCAAGGGAAGUCUCUCUACGGCCCUGUGCCGUUUCUUUGAAGACUGGGCCACGCAACAGGAAUUUGAGGACGAUGACCUUAUAAUCCUUGCUCUGGAUGUCUGCAGAACAAUCAACCGUUGCCUUGGCAAGAUGUACCAAUGUGACGUGUGGCUCAAUAGAAAAGACGCAGAAGAGGUUGCGCACGGUGGCUUGAGGUUUCUCCAUGGGUACCGACAGUUGGCUACAAACAGUUUCAGGGCCAACAGGGCCCUUUUCCCGUUGAUGCCCAAAGGGCAUUCCAUGGACCAUAUCUUUAAUGAUUUACGAAAUGACCUCAGGUGUUCUGAUGUGGAUUUUUUUUUGAAUCCCCUCAACCAUUCAGUUCAAAUUAGUGAGGACUGGGUGGGAAGGGCCAGUAGGGUUUCACGCAAAUGUGGGGGUCCUCAAGUAAUUGUACGUACCCUUGAAAGACUUUUACAAUCUUGCUUUGCGCAUUGGCGCGAGCACGGUUUCAUCAAGGAUUGA